GGAGUAAAAUACCCAUUCAUCAUAAUUCUUAUUCAUACGUAGUGGACGGCUGCGGCAGCUCAGCGGACCAGUACAUAUAAAUAGGAAUAGGGUGCGUCUGCGUGUUACUUGAUCUGUGCCCCCGUCGACUACCAUCACUACUUUCCUUCCCUGCGUGUGUGACGUAACUCUAUAAAAGAGUGUGCGGUGAAGACGCCGCCGCUAUAUCGUUUCCGCUCGCCACGCUCGGCCAUAGCGUCACAAACACCGGCAAAGAAGGACGCGGGCGGAACCUCUUCCGCAAGAGCCCACACGGACUCAACAGUGACAGUUCAAUAAAAGAUACAGGAUGAAGUCGUUGUUCUUGUUAGCGGCCCUGUGCUGCGUAGUGUUGAUGGCGUGCGGGAGCCCUGUCGCGCGGCCUCAGGAUGACAAGGAGGUGGAAGCAGGCAGGCAAGCAGCCGCCGCGCCCGCAGCGCCCGCCGCAGCUGCAGACGACGACGAUGAUGAUGAUGACGAUGACGACGACGAUGAUGAUGUCGACAUCGAUGACGCGUUAACAGAUGACGACGAUGAUGAUGAUGAUGACGACGAUGAUGACGAUGAGGAGGCUGAUGAUGAUGACGACGAUGAUUACCUGGACAGAUUUUUCGGCGACAUCUUAGGAGGAGAUGACGAUGACGAUGAUGACGAGCCCUCAGCAGCCCAGCCUGUCGUCGCCGCCGCUGACACAGUAGCAGCCGCUCCCGCUGCCCCUGCUGCCGCUGCCGCUUCCGCGGAGGAAGUUGCAGCAGUCGCUGAAGAAGGCGAAGGCGAAGCUGAAGCCGCAGAAGGCGAGGAAGCUGCCGCCGUGGCACAGAAAGAGCCCGCCAGCGCUGAAGUCGAGACCCUUACCGCAAGCUCAGAAGUAGCUGCCGAAACUGAGAGCGACGACGAUGACGAGGACGACGACAUCGGUGAACUGGACCCCGUCGGCGACGACGACGAUGAUGACGAUGAUGAUGACGAGGAGGCCGAUGAUGAUGACGACGAUGACGAUGACGACGACCUCAGCAGCGCGCUCGGCAGGAACAUCGCCGCCAAGCACUCACGUGCUCUCAGCGAAGAGCCGGAGAAAAAGCCAGCGUCAGUGCCAGCUAUCUACAUCGUCAAGUACAAUCGUUUCGUUGACAACAUCUUAGAGAAGAUGAAUGACAUCCUCAGGAAAUCUUAUGACCCCGUCAACGUCAAGUUACAGCCUAUUGAUGCUAGCAAAAAGACUACCAAGAAGAAGGGAAGCAAGAACAAGUCAAAGAGAAAAAGCUCAAACAAGAAGAAGAAUACAGCCCGUGGUACUGACGCCGACAAAAACAAAGAGAAACCCGUAGCAGUGUCUGAAGUGCCAGAAACUGUUAAGGAAGAAAACACUCUAAUUAAUGAGGUGAAACCUAACGAAGCAGUUGUUGAACAGACUCCUGUAGCAGAAUCUAGGGCAGUCAAAGAGAAGGCCAAGCCCCCAGCGAAAGCUAAGCCACCUACAAAGGCGACUACUGCUAAACCUAAGACCAAACCGAAACCAGCUAAGACAACGACCAAGAAACCAGCGACUAACAGUAACAAAACUAAGACGAAGCCGUCAGAGAAAAGCAAACCUCGUGCUAAAGGAACCUUGUAUGGUCUGUCAUCUUUGAAGAGGAAUGGUGACGUUGCGGUCAGCAUCAUGGCUGAUCACACAACUGUCAAGACCAACUUUGCCGUAGGACCCUUGAUAUUGAGAGUCGAAAAAGAGGUUGGUCGCGGAGGCAAGAAAGAUAUCAGGUCUGCUACAGCAACAACUGCUGAAAUGUUGGGCAAGCUGACUCUCAGAGUAAACAACCAGGGAGUGGCUACACUACACACUAUCAAGGUUCUUCAACCUAAACAGGUUCGUGUGGACAGCAACAAUGAACGUACUCGAGAGCUGGUCUGGCAGCGCAGCGCUAGAAUAGCCCACGUCGUAUCCGAGCAACUCCUAACGGCGUCUAAGCCCAUGUUCCAUCAUCAAAACGUUGUCAAACAAUAAAUUUUGUCAACUAUGGGGUUCAGGUGAUGGGAAGUUAUAAGCACUCCAUUUAGACAGCCGACUCGACAGAUGCGCUUAUGUAACAGGUUACAUACAUUUGAAUUUCUUGGACUAUUUAUGUAAAUUGUGACUCGAAAUCUGUUCGGAUAAUAGAUACAACAUACGCCUUUGGAUUGUCGGUUGGUUUAAUUGACUGAUUGAUGCAUUUAGCUACAAUUUAAUUAUUAUUAUUUAUUUCAAUGGGUUCUUAGAUAUUUACACUAUUGAUUUAUGAUACUCAUUAUUUUUAGUUGAUAGUCAGAGAAUGCAUUUACUAUGUUAUAAUGAUGGUGCUAAGAUUUAGGGUAGAUCGUACACAAAGUACAUUAUUUAUUUAAAUAAAUAUAUUUUAAAUUAA